AAAAAAAAAAAAAAAAUCUGUACUUUGAGAAUGAUAAUGUUUGAUGCUGUCCCUUUGGAUACUGUGACAAUGAGACAUUUUGGAAAUCAGGUUCUGAAAGUUGACAAGACAUUCUUGAGGAAACAAAAAAUAAAUUGAUGAUGGCAUUGCUUUGGAUUUAUUCAUCAAUUAUAAAUUGAAGGAAAUUUUCAUUAAUGGCCAUAUAUGUGCAUAUGAUUUUAAAUUUUUUUUUAUGGCAGGUAGAUUUUGUAGUAGAUGCCAAAACAUUACUAUUUCUAUUUCGUUAACCUUGCUGAAUAGAUAUUCUUACUGCAUCAAGUUUUCUUUUUUUAUUAAAAUUUAUCCAGAUAAUUUUUGCAUGCACAUUAUUUUUUUUUGCAUCUGAUGGUGCAUGCACAUUAUUCUUUUGCGUCUAAUGGCUUUGCUCCGCCUCUAGGAACUUACAGGAGUUGUUUCGUUUCCUUCUUAUUUUGUUCCCUCACAGGAAUUAAGGUUCUAUUGCCAAUUAUGGAAUGGGUAAUAGUCAGAUUUUUUCUUUUGUUAUUAAUUAGAAAUGCUCUAGACUUCCUCUCCAUUAUGUUAUAUGCUGUACUGAAGGAUGUGAGAGUUGUCAGAUCAUGUUAUUAAUUAGUUCGUUUGUUUUCUUGUGAGAUUCAUUCUCUCCGUUCUAUUCUACUGCAAAUCAGAAGAUUGAUUUGAUAAAAUCCAGUUAAUCUUUGUACUCCACAAAAAGCUUUGAAAGUUUUUCUAGAUUAAUUGUGUAUGAUUGAAACUCGUUCUGGAUAAGGUUGUCUUUUCUAAAGAAUAUACAUAGCAUGUGCUUUUUUGAUGUGUUGUCUAUUUCUCAUGAGGUUGGAAGUUAGUAGAUGACACAACUUUAAAAUUCAGAGAAUUCUAUUAGCAAAGGUGAAUUUAUUAGAGUUUCAAUUGCUGUUACUGUUGAAUCAUUCUAUUUCUGUUUCUUUUUGUACUUGGUAAAUGCAUUAUAAAUUGAUUGGAAAUUGAGAACUGAGUGCCAUAUUAGUGCUUUAUGCAUAGUUCAAAUGAAAGGUUGGAUGGAGAUUCUUCUUUAGUAAGAAAAUCAAGGCCCUGAAAAAAGCAAUAUUUAUAGGCUUUUCUUUUGAGUCUCUUCAUUUUUCUAGAGGAGGUGAGAGAGAGGAAUUCACUUAUGGACUCUUCUUUAUCACUUUCUCAACAAUAUGUCUCUCACUCACUCGCAUACAUAUUAUGAUAUCAUGAGUAUGUAUCUUUUGACAAGAUGCUUUUUCUGCAUCUGGUAAUUUAUUGGUUAACUUUAUUUGUUGUUAUAAUGAUAAGUCAUCUUGAGAGAAAGAGGUAUUAGCCAUUUGUCGAGUAAUUAAGAUCUUGCCUUAGAUUGGAACAAUUAUAUUAGUUGUUCAUCCUCAUUGAUUUGGAGGGGCACAGUCACCUAUAUCUUUUACGAGCUAAGGAAACAUAGAGUUAGGAGAGAGUGAGGUCCCAUUUGGUCGCUGCAUGAAAAGAUGCACAAGCCAAAUCAAAGAGGGGAAGCUCUCAUGGACCCAUUCAAAAUAAAGAAAAAUUUGUAGAUAGUCUAUUUUAUUGCUCUCUUUCUCUCUCCCAUGCACAUACACACUUGCACAGUCUUGCUUCAGUCUUCUGCUUUAAAUAGAAUUGCUUGCCCGUUACCCGCCAAGUUAAAAGCAACUAAAUUACUUGCCUUGCCCUGCUCUACCCGCCCUUCCCUUUUUUUUUCUGCCUACCUCUCAAGAGUUCCAUUCUUCCCCCCAAACCCAGGUAUGGUUUUCUUGAUUUCUUUAGUAGUUGACAUUUUGAAUGGCGAGCAGUUCUUCUGUGUUGAAAAGUAGUGCGUGCUUGGAGGGGAUAAAAGCAUGGGGAGUGGCAAUAGAGUUUUGAGAGCUAUAUUUGGAGCUGGUGUUCUUUUGGGGGUUAUUUGGCUUCUCUGUGUUGGAAUUUUAGCAAACCAAGCAACGAAAAUGACAAGAACAGCAGUUGUAUCAACUGGACCUUUUGAGCAUUGGAAGCUAACUGGAAGAGGAAAACAUCAUAUUCAUCAGGAUUUGGAUCUUAAUUAUGUGAGCAAGAGAAGAGUUCCUAACGGACCUGAUCCCAUUCACAACAGGAGAGCAUCCGAAGCUAGGCAACCACCAGGUCGAUCCUGACGCCCAUGAGUUUACAGGAAGGCAUUAUAUUGGCAUGUUUGUUGAAUUUUGAUGCUACAUCAACCAACCAGGUGCAGAUUCUUAGCAGAAACGAGUUCUGCUAAAAUGCCAUCAAAAGUCUCAUAUGCACAGAUAAUUCUAUAUCUUUAUAUUUUGAUUUUCUGCAACUUUCAUGCUUAGUUCUUUGAAGUUUGUGGAGUGAUUAAUUAUUUUUGUAUAAAGUUUUGAUUAUCAUCGCAUAAUCUCUCGACCGAGCACACACUAUCUCAUAUGAAUUAUUGUCUACUCUUUAUCAGACUAUGAAGGAUUGAUUAGUUUUGAAGGAUUAUAGAGACUCAUUACAAGAACUUUGAGAAAGAUUGGACCUUUUUUGGAGUAUAUGCGUGUGCCUUAUUUUAAUCAUUUUGUAAAAGACACAGGAUCAUGGAUAGGGUCUUACUUUCCAGAACAGAAAAUCAAAAAAGAAAGAGAAAGAAAAAUUAGAACAGAGUCCAAGAAAGGCAUUAAUCUCCGUACGUGAUUAAUAGGUUUUGUAGUGUAACAUUGGGUUAAUGUAUAUUAUUAUUAUUACUAUUCAGCUGUCUUUUUUGUUUGUUGGAUUA